UGAAGUAACAACACUCCCUCGCUUACCGCAGAAUCUGGGAAGAACGGCGGACAAUCGCGUCAGGUUGAAUGAAUAUUGUAGCACUCGACCUUUCCAUAGUCGCGUUGUUACGUCGUUCACAGAGUAGAGUCAAGCGACGUUAACAAGCCAGAUGUGGCACUGCCUUGUUCGUAGAUAGUGAUAUAGACUAUAGACUUUGUUUACCUGAUGAACGGGAUGUAUGUCAGAUAUAUGAACUGGCUGUAGGUAGAAAUACUGAUUAGGUCUGACAGUAUCGUUACGUUUAUUUGACACGUGUAUCAGGUGCUCAGAAUGACGAAGGACGUUCUGUUGGGAUUGUAAAGGGAUCAGUAUACAUCGCACUACCUGUAUGCUUUGAUCGGGAUGUGUCACGAAUAGUGUCAAUGCUAAUUGACCGGGAUAGAUCGACGGUCAUUCAUUCAUUCACUCAGCUGGCUAGCCGAGCGGAGUCCCAGGCUCAACGAUCGUCUGCUUCUGUCGACUGGCAGCGAGUCGUCUGCUCGGAACACAGGAAGUGCCAAGCUACCAUAUUUAGAGGGUUCAGCUAGCAGCUGUGGGGAAACAGUGUGCACCUCAAAGUCGCGCGGUGUAUUAACUGGGUCGGAUCUAGUAAGACGGCUAGUUAGAUUGAACACACAGCCCACGUUUUGGCCCUAUAUCCUCUCGCUCAAUUUCCCCACAUUCAAAGACGGAGGCCCGGAGAGUCGGUAGAUUCCUGCCAGACUAUAUUUAGAACCGGUACACGGAGCGUGCGCCGACUGGUGCUGAUCUAGUUGGAGUUGUGAGCGAGGGAGUGGACGGGAGUUUUGACAAUAAUUCCCCCAUAUGGAGAGAAGGACUUAGCAAGGGUUAAUCCCAUAACAGCUUGGGUACAGUGUUGUUUGCAAAAUGUGGGAUUAGGAUUAACCGGGAACAAGGAUUUGGUCCGAGAGAAGGAAACAUUUCUCCAACUGUUGAGAUACUGCUCCGGACUUGUGAAGUUGCCCCAUCAUUUGUUUACCUUUGUCUCAGUCGCCCAGGACUAUAAGGAGCUGGUCAAAGGAUGGAAUCUGGAUACCGACUGACCAGUUGUCUGACCAGGAACCGAUGUGCUCGAUGUAGCAACAUGGACAAAUGUUGUAAACGUGAUUCCUCGCGCUGCGUUCGGUCAGACCAGCCCAGGUGUAAUUCUCCCCUCUCCUCCGUCGACAGACUCUCUCUACCUGCCGUGUCUUUCAUCAUGCUAAAGUUAUGUAUAUUAGUCGUUUUGUUUGGAUACUCGAAUGCCAUAUCUAACACAGAGAGACACAACAAGGAAAUGAGGAACAAGGCUGUGGAAUACCUCGCAAAGUUCAAGUACCUGUCAGGUCCAAGCCAGGAGACAGGGAACCUCAUGUCCCAGAAAGACAUGACAAGGGCCAUCAAGAACUUCCAGAGAGUCGGACGGAUACCGGAGACAGGCAUCGUGGACCAGAGGACCAUCGAGUUGAUGCAGAAACCCCGAUGCGGGAACAGCGACGAGAACCUCUCCGAUGCUGUACGUCGACGGAGGAAGAGAUACUUGUUGGCGCCGACGAAGUGGGAAAAGAAAAACCUCACAUUUAAGAUGAUCAACUACACCCCCGACAUGCGGCCGGAGCAGGUGCAGUCAGUCAUCCACAGUGCCUUCAAGGUGUGGAGUGAAGCUACCCUCCUCAAGUUCACCGAGGUCAUGCACGGGGAUGCUGACAUCAUGAUCCAGUUUGCCAGCAGAUAUCACCAGGACGGAUAUCCAUUUGAUGGAAAAGGUAUGAUUCUGGCUCACGCGUUUUUCCCCGGAGACGGCAAGGGAGGUGACACCCACUUCGACGACGAUGAACACUGGACGUAUAAUUCCUCUGAUGGUGUGGAUCUCUUCAUGGUGGCUGCCCACGAGUUCGGCCACGCCCUCGGCCUGGCCCACAGCACUGAGCCCGGGGCCCUCAUGUACCCCUGGUAUCAGGGUUUCCAGAAGACAUUUUCACUACCUCAUGACGACAUCAGGGGCAUCCAAAAAUUAUACGGGUUCAGAAAUAUAGAACUUCCUAAGAAGCCUACAGUGAAGGUUAUCACAAACGCCACAGUUACCAAGAGCAAGGAACCAACAGAAGAAACCCCGACGGUGGACAUUGACAGAUCCAAGCCUGCUGACCCGUGUGUCCACUCGUUUGACGCCAUCACUGUCAUUAGGCAGGAGGUGUGCCUCUUCAUCGGGAAGUUUUUCUGGCGCUUGGACUCGCGUCAUAUACUGCGGGACCCAGUCCACAUACACAAGUUCUGGUACGGGCUGCCGGUCACUGUUGACCACAUAGAUGCACUAUAUGAAAGACCGACCGACGGGAAAAUAGUCUUCUUUUCAGGGGACAAGCACUGGGUAUUCAACGCCAACUACCUGGAAGCGGGCUACCCGAAGGAAGGACGCCCCAUCACAGAGCUGGGUAUACCCCCUGACGUGAAGAAGAUCGACACAGUGUUUGUCUGGGGGUUCAAUAAACGCACCUACCUGGUGAGCGGCGACAUGUACUGGAAACUAGACGAGAACAACACCUACGUGGAGUACGACUACCCCCGGGACAUGAGCAUCUGGCGUGGUAUCCCCAUCCCCAUCGAUGCCGCCUUCCAGUACUGGGAUAAAAAAACGUAUUUCUUCCAAGGCCAAAAUUACUGGGAGUUCUAUGACCUGAAGAUGCGCGGUCGACGAGGUUAUCCAAAAUCCAUAGCUAAAGACUGGCUCAAGUGCUCUGGAGCGCGCAUUCAGUUUCCCUUACAGAAUAGAUUCCAUGGCGCAGCGCCAUCUAUAUCCGGUCACGUGAUCCUCAUAAUUUCAUGUUUAUUUCUUCUAUAUCACCAAUCACAUUAGUGCCGAAGACUUGUACCCCUUUGUCGGUUGUAAUUGUAUGUUAGUUCACAGGUCGCCUUUUGGUCUUUGCACCUUAAAUUAGCCUUUUGUUACAGUUUUCAGUCACCAAGGAAGAUAGUUGGCCAUAUUGUGAUUUUUCGUUAAAUAUACAGUAUUAUAAUCUUUGGCCAGAAAAUCCUCCAUUGUUUUGUGUUAUUCAAAGAUCGAUGCAUAUUUUAUUGGCUUGUGAGUCAGAGAGAGAAAAUACUCAUACUGGUUUGAUCCUUGAUAAGAUAAUGUAAGUAAUUGUCAUACUUAUUUAUUUCUUUUGUGUACAUAAUGUUCCAAAAUAUUUGUGUUGUACUCGUUGUAAUCAGUCCGGAUUUCUGGGGGUAUUGAGAUGAUAUAAGGCUUCAUCCGUAAUACUUUUCAGAACAGAGAGAACAAUUUAUGUAAAUUUAUUGGCUACAUAGUGUUUCUUAUUCUCGGACUGUGCGAUGCAGUAGGUAUAUAUGUACAUCUGCGCCAUAAGACGAGAAUAUUAUGAAAUUAAUAACUUCAGGAAAGUGUUUAAUGUACAGAUGAUUCCUCUCGAUGAUUUUGGGAAUAUAUCGUAAACAUUGAUGAGGAAUAUGUUACUAUGGUAAAUAGGGCUGGCUAUCGAUAAAGAUCAUAGAGAUCGAUAAUCGUUACCUAAAUAUUGAUCGAUUAUCGAUAAAGAAGACGAAAAUGCCAAAAAUAUCUGAAAAUAUUGAAUAUAUUUCACUUCAUUAGUCAGUUGUGACAUGUUUUUACAUGCAGUAUUAACAGUGCUAAAUUUGUAUAUUGUGUGAGAACCUUUUUCCCUCACAUAAGUUAAUGUACGAUACUGUCGUUAACAGUUUUCAUAUCGAUAAUCGUUAAUGAUUUUUCCUAUCGACUAUUUCCGAUUAUCGGUCAUUUUAGCCAGUCCUAAUGGAUAGGAUUGUCAAAUUAGCCCUUGACAAAGGAAAAUACCUUCUGUGAAGCAUGUGACGUCAUAGAAAUAUGUUGUAGAUGUCCACUGUUCAUCUCUGUGUCCACUGUAGGAUGUUUGCAACUUUGUAGACGUUGCUGAGACGUCAUGGCGACUACACCGACCAAACAGAUAAGGCCAGUCAAUGAGGCACAUACCUCAGUUUUGUCAGGCUAAUUUAUUUCCAUUUCCAUCCAACAUUAUUCGGGAUCAUAUGAAUUGGCUCAAGCUCAUCCUGCCGGAACAAACAACAUAAGGAAUAUCAGGAGAUAAAGGCGAUUAUUUUAAUAACCAAAGUAUCCGCCUUUCUUGCCAUGUACCACCAUCGCCAUAACUACGGUAUGAUAAUGCAUGUUAUUAAAUGAUACCACUUAGGCUAAGUCUCGUUUAGCAUUGUACCAAAGUCGAACGCCUUUGCUUAGAAUCUUUGUUACGACAUAAUUUCUGCAUGCGUUUUGCAAUACUCAGUCUGAAGGUGUGUGAUAUUCCAUGUGUGGAUGCUUGAUUGUGGUAUACUGAAAUGAUGUUAUUAUAAUUAGGAAAUACUAUUUAUGUUAUUUGUCAAAUCGACAUUUUUAUAUCCCGCCUAGUGUUAAUAUGCGUAUAAUGAACAACUCUGAUUGUUUUCUGCAAGCUUUUCUUGUAAAGCCGUAACUGCCAGUUCAAGUCAGUUUGUAGGGAUAUCGCUAUUUCGUUUUUGCUCAAUUAUGUCCUCUCUAGUCUCCCGUAGGCUGUGGUAACCUGGGCAAUACUCAGUGUGUGUUUGUUUUGCAUUGUUCAAUGUACGGUAGUCAGUAUGUGCCAAAAUUGUAGAAAGGAUGCAUGUGAAUGAAAAAUAUGACACUUGAUUUUCAAAGGUUAUGUCACACAGGUGGUGAAUUUCGCUCUACAAUUUUAACAACUUCUAAGAAUCUCAGUAGAAUCCCAGUAGAAUCCUAACACAUGUGUAAAUGUAGAAUGUUUGCGUAUUUGUCCCCACUGCCCUUCCGUAUAACUCUGGUGCUGAUGAUGGAGAUUUAUGUAGCUAGCUUGUUCUCAAUAGACCCAAUACUCUCAUUUUGUAAAACUGUUACACUAUAAUGAAUGUUAUAUUUUGUGAAGAGGCGGUUAAAGGAUAUGUCUAUAUUUUGAGUUUGAGAUUAUGGAUACACGGGCUGUGCGAUUAUGUUCGAUUUAAAAUUUCGCUGGGAUGUUGAUAAUAUUAAUAGCGAAAUGCGCUUAUAGAUUGGGCGUGAGAGAAAAUAAUCCCACGGCCUGAUUGAGCUUUAAGAGUCUGUGGGACUUGUGGGUUUUAUUGGAACUGGUGCUGGAGACGAGACGUUUGUUAUCACAGACGUCAUGUUGAUGAUAAUGGUUUUGAUGGGAAUAUCGUGUCUUGUUUAAGAAAAAAUAGAAGUAGAAUCUAGGCUUUUUCGGUGAUAACAUCCUCUUUAUUUCAUCUCUUACUGACGAUUGUUCUAAAAUGGACGACGACUGAAGAAUAAGUUAUUAUUAUCGUCCAGAGACGAUGAUUCCCAUUUCCAUUUUUUUUGCCUGCAACGUCAUUUAUGAUGUUUUGUACAUAUUCAUCGAGAUCAUAAUGACGUUUAUAACGUCAUCAUAUUUUCACGUCACAUAAAUGUAUUCACAUUUUCACUGUUGCUUGAGAAUGUGCACACUGUCAAUAUUUUCUGUAGAAGUAUCCCACUCUGUGAUUCCACAUGCGUAAUGAUAAGAAUAACUUAACCAAAGUGGAGCAUAUUUUAGGACGUCUCCGCGAUGUUCCGGUGCAAGCUGUAAAUGGAGCAUCACAUAUUGGUUUUAGUAUGAAUGUAACGUUCACAUGUAGUGCCACAGAGCUGAUGAUAUUGUGCAUAUAUAUAUUAUAUAUAUACAAGAUAUGUAAGUUUUGAUGUAGACCUGCCUAGAGAUUCAUAUGAUGUGCUUUCAUUUCCCCACAAAACCGUCCUUUGUAGCCGACACAACGCUCAUACUAGUACUUAGCCUUACUGUAGAUACUGGACCCUUGUUAAUCCGGGCACUGGUAAUCUGACAAUUCCACCCCCGGACAAACCGUUUUGGAAUAUAUAUAUUACAAUAGCCCAUCUCCCAUACGUCCGGAUAUAUUUUGGCAGUAAGUGCAGUGUCUGGGUUAGUGAGGUUCCUCUGUAUGCAACCGGUUCCAUGUAAGCUCCCGCGGUGUUAGACUUGGUGACGAUAUAAUGGUGCUUAAUGGUGAAGAUGCCACAGUCGGUGUUUGCAAUAUUUAUCAAAACACAAUGUUUCAAAUGUUUUUAGGAUAUGCAUCACAUGUAUGAGAACGGUAUAUUGUGUUCGCAGCCUUCAGUAAUUGACUGAAAAGUUUUUGAUUAAUUCUGUCUGAUAUCUGGUUGGGGAAUCGAGAAGUGGCCUGAAGCAUUCCAGAGUAGAAAAUGCCACUUUUUUUUAAAACAAAAUAAACAGAAUAUUUUAUAACUGUCGCACUCGUAAACUGUAUCUAUUGUAAAUGUGAACUUGAUGUAAUUUUAGUGAUUAAUAAAUUUGAUUACGCCAUAUCAUGAGUGCAGUAAAGUGUAAUUAGAUUUUACUGUAUUUUUAAGGGGAUUAACCGUAUAUACUGAUGGAACGAAGUAAGGGAACGCAUAGCGAAAAAACUACUGCUGUAUGCAAUGCUUAUAAUUAGCAUGAGCAAAAUCAUUUUGGUUUCCUUGGUUAGAUGUUGAACAAUCUCAAAUAAUCCUUAAUCCUGGUUUGUCAAAAAUAUGCAAAACCAUGUUAUUUUUUACUUCCGUUCCGUUAUUUUGUAUCAUCAGUAUAUAUGAACAGUAAUAAUAUUAAGUAAUUUAGAUAAAACACGAUUUGUUUUAUCUAAAUGAACUGCCUGUGACUAUGUCUAUAUGCAGUAGGUCACUGUUAAUGUAUUAAGUACAAAUACAGAAGAUGUCUUAUAAAGAUUUGUCAUGUCAUGAAGAUGCACCCUAAAAAGCACGGUUAUCUCCCCUUGAGGGUGGACAAGGCUUGUGCUGUCGUAUCUACACCCGCUGUUUGAUGAUGUAUUUUGAGCUUGCUUGGAACUAUGUUCAAGCCACGUCUCUGCAAAUAAAGUUUAGUAAACUUA